AUGGAGCCUAAGCCUAUGUUUGUGUUUUCAUUUCCAUUCAUGAUCCUCAUUAUUCAUUGGUUUCUAUUGCCUCUUCAUGGCAGUGCUGCUGAGAGUUCCACAUAUAUAGUCCACAUGGACAGAUACCUUUUGCCUAAUGUCUUUUCAACCCAUCACGAUUGGUUUCAAUCCACCAUUGAGUCCAUAAAAUCUGCAACACUUGAUCACUCAUCCAAGCAAUCACAGAAACUGAUAGUGUACUCCUAUAACCAUGCCAUGUAUGGUUUUAGUGUAGUACUAACUACGGAAGAGUUAGAAGCUGUUAAGAACUCCCAUGGUUUUGUUGCAGCAUAUCCAGACAGAAGUGUCACCAUAGACACCACUCACACUUCUGAAUUUCUCUCCCUUGACUCUUCCAGUGGCCUAUGGCAUGCGUCAAAUUUUGGGGAGGAUGUCAUUGUGGGUGUUAUUGACACUGGUGUGUGGCCUGAGAGUGAAAGCUUCAAAGAUGAUGGCAUGACCAAGAAAAUUCCAAACAGAUGGAAGGGGACCUGUGAGGAAGGGCAAGAAUUCAACACUUCCAUGUGCAACUUCAAACUGAUUGGAGCUAGAUUUUUCAACAAGGGUGUGAUUGCUGCAAACUCCAAGGUUAAAAUCAACAUGAACUCAGCUAGAGAUACUGCGGGUCAUGGAACUCACACAUCAUCAACAGUUGCUGGAAACUAUGUCAAUGGAGCCUCUUACUUUGGCUAUGCCAAAGGGGUGGCUAGAGGUAUUGCACCAAGAGCUAGGCUUGCCAUGUACAAGGUCCUUUGGAAGGAGGGUCGUUUUGCCUCUGAUGUUAUGGCUGGAAUGGACCAAGCCAUUGCCGAUGGGGUUGAUGUCAUGUCCAUCUCUAUGGGGUUUGAUGGUGUUCCACUUUAUGAGGACCCUAUAGCAAUAGCUUCGUUUGCAGCAAUGGAAAAAGGGGUGGUUGUUUCAUCCUCUGCAGGAAAUGCUGGUCCUGAUCUUGGUACUCUGCACAAUGGAAUCCCCUGGCUUCUGACUGUGGCUGCAGGUACCAUAGACCGCAGAUUUGGUACUCUAAUUCUUGGAAAUGGCCAAAUCAUUGGUGGUUGGACCUUGUUUCCAGUAAAUGCCCUGGCGGAAAAUCUUCCACUUAUCUACAAUAAGAAUAUAUCAGCAUGUAAUUCGGUCAAAUUGUUAUCCACAAUGGCCAAAGAAGGGAUCAUUAUAUGCGACUUAUUGCCAGACCCCGAGUUAUCGUUUAAACAAAUGUGGGUAGUUGAUGAAGCUAGUUUGUCAGGGGCAGUGUUUUUCCUUGAUGGUUCUUUGUUAAAUGUAGCAGGAACUGGCAGGUCUCCAAGUAUUGUAAUCGGUGCUCAGGACGCACCAUCUGUGAUAAACUAUGCAAUAAGCCAUAGGAAGCCAACAGCCACCAUCAAAUUUCAGCAAACAUUUCUUGGAAUAAAGCCAGCACCAGCUGUUGACGGUUACUCUUCAAGAGGUCCUUCACCUAGCUAUCCUGGGGUCUUGAAGCCUGACAUAAUGGCACCUGGCUCUAACGUUCUUGCUGCUUUCAAUCCUCAUAUUCCAGCAGCUAAAAUUGGUACCAAUGUGCUCUUACCUAGUGACUACAAUAUUCUGUCUGGAACAUCCAUGGCCUGCCCUCAUGCUUCUGGUGUUGCUACUCUUUUGAAAGCUGCACACCCUGAAUGGAGUGCUGCUGCUAUAAGGUCUGCAUUAGUAACCACAGCUAGUCCUCUAGAUAACACACAAAAUCCAAUUAGAGACUACACGUUCCCUUCUCAAUAUGCUUCCCCUCUUGCCAUGGGAGCUGGUCAAAUUGAUCCUAACAAAGCACUUGAUCCAGGUUUGAUAUAUGAUGCCACCCCACAGGACUAUGUUAAUCUCCUUUGUGCUUUGAAAUACACACUAAAGCAAAUCUUAGCCAUUACAAGAUCAACAUCCUACAACUGUGCAAAACCAUCGCUUGAUCUUAAUUACCCCUCAUUUAUAGCUAUCUAUAGCAACAAAACAAUGUCAGUUGUCGACAAAUUUAAGAGGACAGUCACCAAUGUUGGAGACGGUGCUGCCACAUACAUAGCCAAGGUGACACAACCUAAGGGCUCUGUGAUGACAGUGUCACCUGAGACUUUGGCAUUUAGGUAUAAAAAUGAGAGGCUGAGCUACAAUGUUAUAAUAAAGUAUAACAAGUACAAUAAGGAAGAUAUCUCAUAUGGGGAUCUUGUUUGGAUUGAAGAUGGAGGAGCACACAGAGUUAGGAGCCCCAUUGUGGUGGCACCAAGUGGAAUUGUAUGA